CUUUCGUGUGAUGCAUCAUGGGCGGUGUAGUCAAUGAUUUAUUUUAAGUGAAGCGUUUUAUCAGUCAGACCUUUCUAUUCAUUGGCUUGAAGGCUGCAGCGAGGAUUAUGACGUGUUUCCAACGUAUAUAGCGAGAGAGAUUUUUCACAGCAUAUCACCGUGUCCCGGCUACGAUGGAGCGCUGGCGGGGCAGAGUGGCUCUGGUGACCGGAGCCUCGGUCGGGAUCGGGGCGGCUAUAGCCGUAGAGCUGGUCCGGUGCGGUAUGAAAGUGGUGGGCUGCGCCAGAGACACUGGAAAAAUACAGAAACUGGCAGCAGAGUGUCAGAGCGCCGGCCACCCCGGUGUUUUGGUGCCUUUCAAGUGCGACUUGACCAAAGAGGAGGACAUUCUGUCCAUGUUUGCAGCCAUCAAAGAGCAGCACAAAGGCGUGGAUGUGUGCAUCAACAACGCUGGCUUGGCUCAUCCAGAACCGCUGCUAAACGGCAAAACCAGCGGCUGGAAGAACAUGAUGGACGUGAACGUUCUUGCACUGAGUAUCUGCACACGUGAGGCGUAUCAGUCGAUGAGAGAGAGAAAGGUGGACGAUGGGCACAUCAUAAACAUAAACAGUUUGUGUGGUCAUCAAGUCUUUCCUAACCCUGAUAUACAUUUCUACACCGCCACCAAGUAUGCCGUAACCGCUCUGACUGAGGGUCUGAGGCAGGAGCUGCGUGCAGAAAACACCCACAUCCGGGCCACAAGCAUUUCUCCUGGUUUAGUGGACACAGAAUUUGCAUCACGGCUCUACAGCGACAAUCCAGAUAAAGCAGCUGGUAUAUAUGCUGCAAAUAAGCCUCUGGAAGCAAAAGAUAUCGUCACUGCUGUCACAUACGUGCUCAGCGCCCCUCCUCAUGUUCAGGUUGGAGACAUUCACCUUCAAGGUGUGUAGCGGGUGUCACAGAAAUUGUUGCCCUGGCAACCCCAAUACAGGCGCCCAAUCCAGUGGUGCGACUGGUUCUCCUGACUACUAAUUUUAUAAAGCAGCUGAAGAAUGACAUGAACAAAUCAAUAAACUGUCUCUUCUAA